CAACAUGGCGAGUUCAAGAUCACAGCCUCUAUCCAUAGAGACGCUGUUGCAGAAGCAGAAAGAAGAGAAAGAAUCCGCUGCCAAGCCCAAAUUCCUCACGAAGGAGCAACGAGCCAAGCUUGCUCUGGAGAAGAGGGAGCAGGAGAUUAGAGAACAGAAGGAAAGAGAGGAACGAGCUAGGCAAGAGCGCGAGACGCUAGAGAGAGGAGCGGAGGAGCAUCGUCAAAAGCAGAGGGAACGUGAGCGUGCUGCACCCUCAACACCUCUUAUCACCGACUCUGCGGAGUACGUCCCGCCCAUGACCGACAACGACCUGUCGGCUAUCCGUUCGCGGUAUCUUGGAGUGGAUAAGAAGAAACGUAAGAUACGUAAGAUGAACGAUCGCAAGUUCGUCUUUGAUUGGGACGAGCAAGACGAUACGUUCUCUGCGGAGGCACCUGCUGCGGUGGGGAGUCAACGACAGGGUGCGCAGGUCAUGUUCGGACGUGGCCAUAUCGCUGGUAUGGACGAUGGAGGCACUGUUGUGCCCGGCAAGAAGAAUGAUGCGGAAGGCCCUGGAACGCAACUGGCGGAUGCAUUGGAACGUAGGAGAGCUGCGAAGACCGGUAUCGACGAGAGGCACUGGUCUGAGAAGAAGCUGGAAGAGAUGAGGGAGCGUGACUGGCGCAUCUUCCGAGAAGACUUCAGCAUCGCUUCCCGAGGUGGUCAAAUCCCCCAUCCAUUACGCUCCUGGACAGAAUCCGAUAUUCCUCAGCUUCUAUUGGAUGUAAUCGAGCGCAUUGGCUAUAAGGAGCCCUCGCCCAUUCAACGUCAAGCCAUCCCCAUCGGUCUACAGAAUCGGGAUAUCAUCGGUAUUGCUGAAACAGGUUCCGGUAAGACUGCUGCUUUCGUCAUUCCGAUGCUCUCCUUCAUCUCCAAGUUGCCCCUGUUCACGGACGAGAACAGACAUCUCGGUCCCUACUCUCUCAUUCUCGCUCCUACUCGUGAACUGGCUCAGCAGAUUGAGUCGGAAACAAAGAAGUUCGCUGGUUCGCUUGGCUUCACUUGUGUGUCUAUCGUUGGUGGUCGCGCUGUCGAAGAGCAACAAUUUAACCUGCGAGCUGGUGCAGAAAUAAUCAUCGCCACUCCAGGUCGUUUGAAGGAUGUUAUCGAGCGUCAUGUUAUUGUGCUAUCACAAUGUCGGUACAUUGUCAUGGACGAAGCCGAUCGGAUGGUCAACCUCGGUUUCGAGGCCGACCUGACGUUCAUCUUGGACAAGCUACCGAGUGAUACUAUGGAGGGAGAGGACCAAGGCGAGCAGAUGGACAUCGACGGCGAAACGAUGAUCAAGAAGGGUCGAACGCGAGUCACGACGCUCUUCUCUGCUACUAUGCCUCCGCCCGUCGAACGGCUUGCGAAGAAGUACCUAAAGCGGCCUGCUAUCAUCACGAUCGGUGAAGCCGGUCGCGCUGUCGACACUGUGGAACAGAGAGUUGAGUUCGUCACUGGAGACGAAAAGAAAAAGCAACGCAUGCUCGAGAUCCUCAACAGCGGUCAGUAUGCGUCUCCCAUCAUCGCGUUCGUCAACCAGAAGAAGACGGCGGAUAUGGUCGCCAAGGAUUUACAACGCGCUGGGUGGAACGCAGCGACUCUGCACUCGGGCAAGAACCAAGAACAGCGGGAAGCUGCCUUGCAGUCCCUCCGUACAGGAGAAGCCGACAUUCUCGUCGCUACCGAUCUUGCCGGACGUGGUAUCGACGUGACCGACGUCACAUUGGUUAUCAACUAUCAGAUGUCCAACACGAUCGAGGCCUAUGUGCACCGUAUUGGUCGCACAGGUCGUGCUGGCAAACAGGGAACGGCGAUUACCUUCCUGACCAAUGAUGACGAGGAGGUUAUGUACGAUCUCAGGCAAGAAAUCUCGAAGAGUCCAGUGUCCAAAGUCCCGCCGGAGCUGGCGAAACACGAAGCUGCGCAGCACAAAGUUUCAAAAGAGAUGAAGCGCAAGAGGGACGCCGAGGACCAAGGCUAAGGACGUUGUAUCUGGCUAACAUCUGUACCGCUACGGAAUCUCAUGACAUGUACCUUAUGCUAUACGCUAGGUUUCGGCGUGGCACGGUCUAUUCGUGCUCUCGCCCUUACCCCAGCCCGCCCUGGGACGAUAGACUCUAAAUGCCUCUGACGAAUACACGUACCGCGAACCAAUCCUCGCACUUCAU